AUCUCUUCCCUCUAGCGAAGUUAUCUUGUGAGGUCAUAGGCCAGCAGGGUAAUCAGUCAUGAGAAUGAGUUCAAUCGCCUUAAACUCAUCAUGGCUUCUGGUCUUGGCGAGUUUCUCCGCAGUUUAAGACGAGGCCUUGUGCAAGGUGAACAAAAUUCACCUGCACGUGGAGAUACUCAGGUUGGGGAAGUUGCUCGUGCGAGAAGGCGGAGAGAUGACACCUCCAUGCCGACGCCUUUGCAACGUGAACCGUGUAAAACUCGACCUGUGUUUGAACUUUGCGCAAAGGGCAGCCAUGGAAGUUAUAUGGAGAGAUUGCCUUCUGAGAUCAUCUUGAAGAUCUUUUCCUUUCUGGAUGCAUUCUCUCUGUUCAACAUCAGCUUUGUCAACAAGCAGUUUCAUGAUCUGGCUAACAGCAAUGCGUUGUGGUCUGUGUUGUAUGCUUCUGAGAUUGAAAAGAAAAUGUGGAGACCCCGAGUAAGCAUGAUUAAAGAAGCUGUGAGCAGCACAAUUGUGGAGGAGAAGCCUGCUGGAUACUGGAAGAAGCUGCUGCUCAAGGAGAUGGCCGGCUACAAGGACACCAUGUGGAAAACAGAGCUAAAACACAUGAACCCGCACACGGGCAUGCCAGCUCUGACGGAGCAUGUUCUCAGGAGGUUGCACAUUCAGUGGGAGAUCACACUCACAAAUAGGCAUGGACGGGAAAGUGUCUAUGAGCAGACGCACACUUUCUUCGAAGAUUCAUCGGUUACAGUGUGCUGGAGCCAAGGUGCCUGGCCGUGCAUGUACACUGUUAAUAGCCUGCAGCUUCAUGGAAUAAUGUGUCCAGCUUCACCAGCUCCAGGAGACAAGCCAAGGUGGCGCUCUCUGAUUCGCAAGACAGCUUUGCAAAGAACAGGACAUUGUUCGUUCUUUGGUGCUGACAGGCUUGUGAAGGUGCUGCAGUUUGAUAAAGGGAUCAUCGUCGGACUCUGGCGGGGCAAUUGGAAAAUUGCCUUCAUCAUGGUCAACCUGCACUUCCACAAACUGAUUGAAAGAAGUCUUCUCGGGUCAAGAUUUUGUCCCUACUUACCUGCAGAUGACAAUGCUGUGGACCUUGACUAUAGCCGCCAUGGAUACACUCUGCACAUCGUGCUUCACAAUCCAGUUCAGCGAAUCAUGUGUCAGCGCUUUUCCCCACUGUACACCCGCAGAGUGAUGUCGCAAGGGGAAUUUGUGCAGUUAAUCGCCAUUGAUUUCGCUAAUGUAUCCGAGCACGUGCCCGUGACGAAGUUCAGUCUUCCAUGGCAAGCACAUGGUUUGCAGGGAGAAGUUGAGGUACCUAUGAUUCAUUCCUGAUUCUUAUGCUCAUUGGCACUUUAUUUAGACUUAAUUUC